UUGCGUCAACUGAAUCUGCCCUCUUUCCUCUUCCCUCUUCACUCUUCCUUUCCUUUCCUUUCGCCAUUUCUUUCUUCUUUUCCUUCCAGUUUCCCACGAUCCACUUUCUCUCUCCUCUCUCUUCCCUGUUUAAGUCUCUCUUUCUUCUUCGUCUUCUUCUGUGCUGUGGACCGGUUUUGAUUCGAAGUGUUGGUUGGUCGUUGUUGUUUGAUGCUCCUUCGAUGGUGAUUGAGAACGACAUUGAGAGCUGUGGGAGCAGGGCGGUGCAGUCCUCGUCGUCUCACGCGCAUCCACGUCAUCACCGCCAGAAGCUAGAGGUCUACAAUGAGGUCCUCCGCCGUAUUCAGGACUCAAAUUCCGACGAAGCUAACGUCCCUGGCUUCGACGAUCAACUCUGGCUUCACUUCAAUCGUCUUCCUGCUAGGUAUGCUUUGGAUGUGAACGUGGAGAGGGCAGAGGACGUUCUUGCUCAUCAGAGAUUACUCAAGCUCGCUGAGGACCCCGCUAAUCGACCAGCAUUUCAAGUUCGCCUAGUACAGGUAUAUCCUUUUGGUGGUGCCAAUAAUGUUGAUUCCAUGCACUCAGAUCCUUCUGAGAAAGAAGAUGCACAAAGUUCUCUUAACCAUUCAUUUAAGCAGGGAGUUCAUCCCCCGCCUACUUUUGGUUCAUCCUCUAAUCUUGAAGCUCUUGCACUUCAAAAUGUUGAACAUGGGGGCAGUCCGAUGGGUGUGAUGCCAUAUAUUCAGCGGCCCAUGCACGAGAUCACUUUUUCAACAGUUGACAAGCCUAAACUGCUUAGUCAGUUAACCUCAAUUCUUGGUGAGCUUGGACUGAACAUUCAGGAAGCUCAUGCCUUUUCAACCUCUGAUGGGUUUUCUCUGGAUGUCUUUGUUGUUGAGGGAUGGCCUAAUGAGGAAACUGAGGAGCUUAAAGGUGUUCUGGAAAGGGAAAUUUUGAAGGUUAAGGGCAUACUUUCUGGUGCCAGUGAACAUUACCAAGCAAGGAUGGAACCAUCCCCACAUUGCAUAGAAAUACCAUCGGAUGGAGCUGAUGUAUGGGAAAUUGAUCCCAACCAGCUCAAAUAUGAAAACAAAGUGGGCUCUGGAUCAUUUGGUGACUUGUACAGGGGUACAUAUUGCAGUCAGGAUGUGGCUAUCAAAGUUCUUAAGCCUGAACGCAUAAGUACAGAUAUGUUGAGGGAGUUUGCACAGGAAGUUUAUAUCAUGAGGAAAAUUCGACACAAAAAUGUUGUUCAGUUCAUCGGCGCAUGUACUCGGCCACCAAAUCUUUGCAUAGUUACGGAGUUUAUGUCUAGAGGAAGCUUAUAUGACUUUCUGCACAAACAAAGGGGUGUAUUUAAGCUCCCAUCUUUACUAAAAGUAGCGAUUGAUGUUUCCAAGGGAAUGAACUAUUUGCACCAAAAUAAUAUAAUUCACAGAGAUCUCAAGACUGCCAAUCUUCUGAUGGAUGAAAAUGAAGUGGUCAAGGUUGCUGAUUUUGGGGUUGCAAGAGUGCAAACUCAAUCGGGAGUGAUGACUGCCGAAACUGGAACAUACCGCUGGAUGGCUCCUGAGGUCAUUGAACACAAACCAUAUGACCAGAAGGCAGAUGUUUUUAGUUUUGGAAUAGCUCUUUGGGAGCUUUUAACGGGAGAACUACCAUACUCUUACUUGACCCCAUUGCAAGCAGCAGUUGGUGUGGUGCAGAAGGGCCUACGGCCUACAAUCCCCAAAAAUACACAUCCAAGACUUUCUGAAUUGCUCCAGCGGUGCUGGCAGCAAGAUCCAUUGCUGAGACCGGAUUUCUCUGAAAUUAAAGAAAUUCUUCAGCAGAUAGCAAAAGAGGUCAAUGAAGAUAAAGAUCGACACAAAGAAAAGUCAUCCCAUUCCCACGGCUUUCUCUCAUCACUAAGACGUGGCCAUAACUGAUAUUUCGAAACUAUCUAAGAGGUGAUCAUAGGAAAGCUCCUUGUACAGUAACCUGACCAAAGAUCAAAUGAGUUGAUUAUUUCUACACCCGAAAGAUUGUGUAUUGUAUUGCCUCAAUUUCUUACACGAUACGCCCCUCUUUUGUGCACCUAAACUAUUCUUAUUUGUAUGUGAAUAGGAUGGGUGCAAGAGCGGUAGAAAUCGAAAAUUCAUGGCAUCUUGUAAUGUUAAAUUCUUGCACUUUUUUUAAUAGGAAAGGUGACAAGGUGCAAUAUUGCAAAACCCAUUUGAGUAGUAGAAAGCAGAAAACAUUGGACCUUGAUAUGCUUAAGGCUUACAAUAAAUAGUCACUUGUUAUUUA